AUUGGCUGGAGCCGCCUCCCGGGGCUAUAAAGGCAGCGAGCAAACAGCGCGCUAACUGUGCCGACUUGACCCGGCGAGGGCAACUCCGCGGAGCGCGAGGGAGCCGGGAAGGGCAGACUCAUCCAGAGGGCGUUGGCGGGACCAUGGAGAACGAAUUUAAAUAUGAAGAUUAUCACAAGACUACAGAAUGGCUUAAGUCCCACAUCAGCCACCGACCUCAAGUCGCGGUGAUUUGUGGUUCUGGUUUAGGAGGACUGACAGAAAAGUUAACACAGACGCAGAUCUUUAACUACAGUGAAAUACCACACUUUCCCAAAAGUACAGUGCCAGGCCACGCAGGUCGAUUGGUGUUUGGGUUCCUGAAUGGCAAAGCCUGUGUGAUGAUGCAGGGCAGAUUCCACCUGUAUGAAGGCUAUUCGCUCUCAAAGGUGACAUUCCCAGUAAGGGUCUUCCAUCUUUUGGGUGUGGACACUCUAGUAGUCACCAAUGCAGCUGGAGGCCUCAACCCCAAGUUUGAAGUUGGAGAUAUCAUGUUGAUCCGUGAUCAUAUCAACUUACCUGGCCUCUGUGGUCAGAACCCUCUCAGAGGCCCCAAUGAUGAUAAGUUUGGAGUUCGUUUCCCACCCAUGUCUGAUGCUUACGACCGGAAUAUGAGGCAUUUGGCUCGUAAUAUCUGGAAUCAAAUGGGGGAGCAGCGAGAGCUGCAGGAAGGGACCUAUGUCAUGGUGGCUGGCCCCAGCUUUGAGACCGUGGCAGAGUCUCGUCUCUUGCAGAAGCUGGGAGCGGAUGCUGUUGGCAUGAGCACAGUACCAGAAGUUAUUGUUGCAAGGCACUGUGGACUUCGAGUCUUUGGGUUCUCUCUCAUCACUAAUAAGGUCAUCAUGGAUUAUGAAUCGCUGGAGAAAGCCAAUCACGAUGAAGUCCUAGAAGCCGGGAAGCAAGCUGCACAGAAAUUGGAACAGUUUAUCUCCAAUCUGAUGGCAAGCAUUCCACAGCCUAAAACUGGCAGCUAACCAGGCUUGGAGUGAGAUGUUGGCUCCUCUAUGAUAGCCAUGUAUCUAUUAUCAACUUUAGGCCUUUGCUAGGGUCACAAGACCCUUAGGUAGCAGCAGAAAGGAAAGGACAAUCUCUCCUGUCCUUCAUCUUGCCCUUUUCUUCCACAAGACCCUUCUGGUGCCAGGUUCACUUUUGAGAAAUCAUCUUCUCAAAAACAGUUUCCACCUAUGUUUCCUCCAAGAACUGGAGCCCAAAAGCCCUUGAUCUCUGCAUCCAUGGAUCUUCCCAGGCUCGGCUUUGGGCAGUAAACUUGGCAUAAUAGACGCUGCUAGUUUUUUUGAGAUGAUUCUCUCACAUUCCUGGGGGCUCGCUUCUGCCUUCCCCCAAAGCACUGGAGACCACCCAAAGACCAACCCAAUACCUCUUGAACUUUAAUACCAUCAUAUUUUGACAAUAAAGAGAAAAAUGUGAUCA